CGAGCACGUCUGUCGACCUAAAAAGUGAUGAUCCUUCAGGGAAAGAAAGUGAUAUCCAUCUCAACGGGGGCAUUGCAUUGUGUUGUUUGCACCGACCAGGGCGAGGUCUGCACAUGGGGCGAUAACGACGAAGGUCAACUAGGGGACGGAACUACUACUGACAUUCAAAAGCCUCGACUGGUGGCUGCUUUACAGAACAAGAAAAUUAAUCGAGUUAGUUGCGGUUCAGCGCAUACUGUUGCCUGGAGCACCUGCAAAGGAUGUUCGACGCCAGUUGCUGGAAGCAGCCGCCUGCCAACCAGUAUACCCUUGCAAUAUGAUCUGUUGAAAGAUAUCCAAAUACUCGCGCUUCGUAAUCGUUUGCUAUUGCUGCAUCAUUUUGCCGAAAUCGUGUGCCCGAUAUUACGGAUGCUACCGCUGGGAACGGUCAACUGCCAAGACAUGGAUGGAAAUGUGCUGGAAGAAACGGAAGGAGUGCUUUGCGGAAACCACGAUAGACUGAGAGGCAUUCUCAUGGCGUCCGCCAAAGAAGCCGCUUUUCGCAAAUUUAUCAGUUAA